CCCUUUCUUCCACCAUUUUAACUCAACCUAUAGUACUUCUCCAGAAAGUCUCAUCAACAGGAAGGUAUUACAAUGGCCUUGACACUGUUAGCUCCCCUCUCAAUUAUCCUUCUGCUGCUUCCUUACCUUACAAGUGCUAUCUCCUCUUGUGGAGGAUCAUGUAACACUCUUGACGAUUGCAGUGGUCAGCUCAUCUGCAUCAAUGGAAAGUGCAAUGACGACCCUGAUCUUGGCACCCACAUAUGCUCCAACAACCCACCCCCGUCCCCCGGUGGUGGCAGCAGUGGUGGCGAUGGAUGCAGUCCGGCAGGAAAACUCCGCUGUGGGAGCAAGACCUAUACCACAUAUAAUUGCUCUGCUCAGGUCACUUCUUCCACACCUGCCCAACUUACAAACAACAAUUUCGAGGCGGGUGGUGAUGGAGGUGGUGCUUCAGAAUGUGAUGGGAAAUACCAUUCCAACUCGGAACGUAUCGUGGCUCUCUCCACAGGAUGGUAUGCCGGUGGUAGUCGUUGUGGAAAGAUGAUCAAGAUAACUGCCAAUAAUGGAAAAACUACAACAGCAAAGGUUGUGGAUGAGUGUGACUCAAUGCACGGUUGUGACAAAGAGCAUGAUUACCAACCUCCAUGUCAUAACAAUAUAGUUGAUGCUUCUAAUGCUGUGUGGAACGCUUUGGGGCUUGACAUAGGCAUAGGCGUGGUAGAUGUUAAAUGGACCAUGGCCUAAGGUUUGUGUGUGUGUGUGUGUGUGUUUCACAAGUCCAGAAUAAAUGUAAUUGUUAGAGAUCCCCCAAAUGAAAUAAGGACAUUCAUAUGUCAUUUAUAACCAUGUUUGUAGUUUGUGCGUUGCUUUAUGUGGAAUAAUCUAUAUUGUUAAUGCAGUAGGAUCGAAGAGAGUUUGUAGGACAAGGGUUGGCUGAUCAGCUGACGUUUCAGGAACACAGUAAUAAGAACCUCAUAAUUAAUGGUCCCUUGUA